UCACCUGCCACCCCACUUAGUGGCUUUAAGUGGGGAGACCUGGGGUCACAUUCCAAGAUGGCUGUACCUUAGGAAUGCAGUGGGUUCCCCCCUUAGACGCCUACCUUUCCCCCUUUUUUUAAUCAACUCAAUAGAUUCAUAAUAUCAUAAACAAACCGUACUCUUAUUAUCUGUUAAAUGACGAGUUUGGUGACAAAUUGUGAUUGCUGGAAAGUUUGUCAAUUGUGUUGAGUGAACUAUUACAGAAUCACUAAACUAGUUGGCAAGAGUUAGGGCCCUGAAAAGGGCCUUAUCUAAUGGACCCCCUCCGACUCAGAUAAUGCCCAUGAAAGAGGAUGCUACCGGCUCGUCUUAAACAAUGUCUCAUAGGGAUAUCUCUGAGGUGGAGCCCGAAGGUACGUCGGCCCUGGCCGCUGGAUCUCGGGCUCUGUUUCUGGAAACAGUGCGUAGAAGUAACGCAGCUUGCCAGAAUGGAGACUACCCCCUAGCUGCUACUCUGUACUCGGAAGCCCUUGCCUUAGACUCUCUUAGUCACGUGUUGUACUCAAAUAGAUCUGCGGCUCGUUUAAAGAUGGGACAAUUUGCUCUAGCUUUACAAGAUGCAGUAAGAGCAACGGAACUGAAUCCCCAAUGGCAUAAAGCAUAUUAUCGGCAAGGAGUAGCCCUCCAAUGCCUAGGCAGACAUGGAGAAGCCUUGGCAGCUUUUAGUGCUGGCUUGGCAAGGGAUUCAUCCAAUUGUCAACUGUUGUCCGGGUUGGUGGAAGCUUCGUUGAAAUCACCUUUACGCACAACCCUAGAACCAACGUUCCAACAACUCAGGGCAAUGAAACUGGAUGAAUCACCAUUUGUAGUUAUAUCUGUAGUUGGGCAAGAGCUGUUAGGAGCUGGGCAAUAUCGAGCGGCAGCUGGUGUCUUAGAAGCAGCGUUAUCCAUUGGAACAUGCAGUCUGAAAUUAAGGGGUUCCGUCUUUUCUGCUCUAUCUAGUGCUUACUGGGCUCUCAAUUCGUUGGACAAGGCAAUCAGUUACAUGCAACAAGAUUUAGGUGUUGCACGUUCAUUAGGUGAUACUCAAGGCGAAUGCAGAGCACAUGGCAAUUUGGGCUCAGCAUACUUUAGCAAAGGUAGCUUCAAGGAAGCUUUAACAGCACAUAGAUAUCAACUGGUUUUAGCCAUGAAGUGUAAAGACACCCAGGCAGCCGCGUCAGCGUUGACGAGCUUAGGGCAUGUCUAUACAGCUAUCGGAGAUUUACCAAAUGCUUUAGCAUCACACAAGCAAUGCGUUCAAUUAGUAAAACAAAUGGCAGAUCGCCUACAAGAAGCAAGAGAAAUUGGUAACGUGGGAGCAGUUUACUUGGCAAUGGGCGAGUUUGAGAGUGCAGUUGAUUGUCACACACAGCAUUUGAGAAUAGCUCGACGUCUGGGAGACCGAGUAGAAGAAGCCAGAGCUUUCAGUAACUUAGGAUCGUCACAUCACUAUAGAAGAAACUUUCGUCAAGCUAUGGCUUAUCAUGAAAAUGUUUUGAGAAUAGCUCAGGAACUUGGCGAUCGAGUUGUGGAGACAAGAGCCUAUGCUGGACUUGGACAUGCAGCAAGAUGCGCAGGUGAUCUUGCACAAGCAAAGCUCUGGCAUCAGAGACAACUGGAUGUAGCCCUGACGACAAAGGAUAAGGUAGCAGAAGGACGUGCCUGUAGUAAUUUGGGAAUCGUGUAUCAACUGCUAGGAGAACACGAUGCAGCAUUGAAGCUUCAUCAAGCCCACUUAGGUAUUGCCAGAGCCCUUGGGGACACCGCUGGUAUGGGAAGAGCGUAUGGAAACAUUGGGAAUGCCUAUAAUGCAUUGGGUUAUUACGAACAAGCAAUAAAAUACCACAAGCAAGAGUUGACGAUAAGUAAAGAGGUCAAUGAUCGUAGUUCGGAAGCAAGUACACAUGGAAAUUUAGCCGUUGCAUAUCAAGCUGUACAAGGACACGAAGCAGCCUUACGACAUUAUCGGGCUCACUUGGCAAUAGCUCGCGAAUUGAAAGAUGUGGCUGGAGAAGCUUGCGCGCUGCUUAACCUUGCCAACUGUCUCUCAUCCCGUGCUAGAUUUGAAGAAGCUGUUCCAUACUAUGAAAACUAUCUUAUGAUAUCGCAGGAACUUCAUGACAUAGAGGGGGAAGCUAAAGCUUGUCACUUUCUGGGUUAUGCCCAUUAUUGCCUUGGCAAUCAUCGACAAGCAGUGAGAUAUUAUGAUCAAGAUUUAGCUUUGGCCAAAGAUUUGCAGGAUAAAUCUGGAAUGGGAAGAGCAUACUGCAACUUAGGUCUUGCACACUUGGCUCUUGGAAAUUUAGACACAGCUUUGGAAUGCCAGAAAUAUUAUUUAGCAAUUGCUCAUAUGACUAAACAUCUAGCUGGAAAAUUUAGAGCCCUGGGCAAUAUCGGAGAUUGCUUUUUACGUCUCGAUGAACCUGAAGAAGCUAUAAAAAUGCACCAACGCCAGUUGAGUCUUGCGCGACAAGCAGCCGACCGUAGUCUCGAAGCAGCAGCGUACGGAGCUUUGGGUGUUGCACAUCGAGCAACGAGAAAUUUGGACAAAGCUCUCGGAUUUCAUACGCAAGAACUGACAUUAAGGCAGGAAGCAGGAGACUUAAGAGGAGAGUGUCGAGCCCAUGGCAACUUAGGUGCUGUUCAUAUGGCUCUGGGUCAGUAUACACAUGCUGUCAAAUGUUACCAGGAACAAUUGGAGCGAGCAAGAGAAUUAGCAGACUCUGGAGUUGAAGCCCAGGCUCUAGGAAAUUUGGGUAUAGCUAGACUCAACAUGGCCCACUACGAAGAUGCAAUUGGAUAUUUUGAGCAACAACUGGCAACUUUGGAACCACUUUCAACAGCAACAGCGUUACUUGAUAAAGCAAGAGCUCUUGGUAAUUUGGGCGACUGUUACGAAGCAUUAGGGGAUCCUGAAGAGGCGAUAAAGUGUCAUGACCAACAGCUGAUUGCUGCAAAUAGACUUAGAAGUAUUCGGGAUCAAGAACGUGCCUACAGAGGAUUGGGAAGAGCGCGUGAGGCUCUAGGAAAUUUGCAACAAGCUUUGGUUUGCUUUGAAAAAAGAUUAGUAGCUGCACAUGAAGUUGAUAGUCCUGAAGCAAGAGGAUCAGCCUAUGGCGAUUUAGGAAGAGUGCAUGCUGCACUGGGCAAUCAUGAACAGGCUGUCAGUUGUUUAUCGCAUCAACUGACUCUUGCCAGAGGUCUGGGUGAUAGAGCUGGGGAGGCCGAAGCAGCUAGUGGUCUUGGUGCUGUUCAUCUUCUCAUGGAUGAUCCGAGCUCAGCUCUACGACACCAUCAGCUGGAGCUAUCUAUUGCGGAAGGAUUGGAUGCAGCUGGACUACAAGCUCGAGCUUGUGCAAAUCUUGGAGCAACACAAGAAGCACUUGGUCAAUUUGAGGAAGCUGUUAGAUUACAAGAACAAUCAUUGAGUUUGGCUGCUGCAGCUGGUGAUCAGCCAGCUAGAGCAGCUGCUUUUUCCAGUCUUGGCCGUCUUCAUCAUUUAUGUGGAGAUCUGUCGCGAGCAUUAAGUUAUCUGCAGUCUGGACUCUCAUUAUCUGAGGGAUUGGGUCGGAGAGAAGAAGCCGCCAGUUUGAGACACAGAUUGGGCUUGGUUCAUUGGGAAGCUGGAGAAGCUACAACAUCUGUGGAGCAGUUUGAAAGGGCAGCCAAUUUAUUAGAAUCUUUGGACGGUUGUCCACCUCCUCCUUCUGGACAGCCAAGCAGAGCAGAUUUACUUUCCAACACAUAUAGAAUGUUGCAGAAAGUUUUAGUAAGUUUGAAUAGACCCGAGGAAGCUCUAAAUUGGGCAGAAAGAUCUCGGAGAUGUAAAAAUCGAACUCUAGAUGAUGCCACACAUUAUUCAGAAAUAGUAGACAGACAGCGAGGUAUUAUAUUAUACUUCAGUGAAGCAGAAACUGAAUUACAUGCGUGGUGUUUAGCACCUGGUCGGGGUCUGCUCAGAUUUCACUCUGCAACGCUAGAAGAUGGGGUAAGUUUGGAGAGAAGAGUUUCAUUGGCUCGCGAAGCGUUAUUGGGAGAGUCAAGCGAGUCUGUGGAAGAACCUGGAAAAAUACCAUCAAGAGGACAUCGUUUAAAUGCAAGUUCUUACAGCUUGAGUAGUUUAUUCAGCGUGGGAUCGGUAAGCUCGCGUGCUGGAAGUGCACGUUGGGGCAUAGGAGUUAAAGGGCCAGUUUGGCAAGCUCCUGCUCAGGUGCAAAGCCUCUACGACCUUCUCCUUGCACCAUUUGAAGAUCUUCUACCACCAACAAGAAAGGAACUUAUACUGGUUGUCGAGAAAUCUCUAUACUUGGCUCCUCUACCUGCGCUACAAUCAAGUCCAGGUGAAGAUUAUCUUUGUGAGAGAUUUUCUCUACUGGUUGUCCCAUCACUAGCAGCAUUGAGGCGGAGAUCAAGAAUCCCGAUGCCAGAAGGUGGAGCAACGGUAGCUGCGCUAGUCGCAGGAAAUCCAAAUGUGCCCGAUGAAAUCAGAGAAGAAUACGGAUGGCCAGAAAGCGUUAUAUCUGCAGAAACAGAAGCUGGAAUUGUUGCAGAGCUUCUAGAGUCCCGACCAUUAAUUGGCAACGAAGCUACAAGAUCAGCAGUUUUGAGAGCAUUACCAGACGCUGAAUGCGUUCAUCUGACAACCCCUGUUUUUUGGAAAUCUGCAAGCAUAGCUUUAACUGCUGAUCAACGCGAGGAACAAGCCGACAAAUCAGAAUACCUUUUGACCUGUUCAGAUAUUUCAAGAUUGCGAUUAUCAGCCCGUCUAGUUGUAAUAUCAAGUGGUCACUGUUGGAGCGGAGGUGAAAAUACAAGUGUAAGUUCUGAUGGCAUCCAACAAAUGGCGAAAACUUUACUGGGCACAGGAGCACAAUGCGUACUAAUAGGAAUGUGGCCUGUACCACCAACGGCAGGUAGCAUUUUGUUGAGAGCUUUCUAUAGUGCAAUGCUGCAAGGUGCUAGAGCUUCUAGGGCAUUGGCUGAGGCCAUGCAAACUGUACAACAUACAAGACAUUUCGCACACCCGUCUAACUGGGCAGGAUGGCUUCUUCUUGGUGGAGACGCUCGACUUUCGAAUAAGGUGGCACUCAUGGGUCAAGCUUUGGCAGAGCUUAUACGAAGUGGUCCAGAACAGAGUCGAGAUGCGUUAAGAGUAACACUGCAUCUAGUUGAGAAAUCUUUGCAAAGAAUACACCGUGGCCAGAAAAACGCAAUGUAUACAACACAGCGUAGUAUUGAAAAUAAAGUUGGCGAGGCUGCGGGCUGGCGAGAAUUGCUUAUGUCAGUUGGGUUCAGAUUUGAACCAGCUGGUAAUGGAAUCCCAUCGUCAGUGUUUUUCCCACAAAGUGACCCUGAAGAGAGAUUAACCAGAUGUAGUGCCAGCUUACAAGCAUUACUCGGAUUAGGACCUGCUUCUUUACACGCUCUCGUCAGACUUUUACAGGUACCCGAAGCUGCCGAGGAUGUGAUCUCUGCAAUGCGAAGAGCAAGCUGUGCAACUGAAGGUCAAGAAGUUAGUUUACCUGUCAGAGUAUGGCGGGCUGCAGGAUCGCACGAGUUGUUUGCCAGUUUAGGAUUUGAUUUGAUGGAAGUGGGACAAUCGGAAGUUACAUUAAGAACUGGAAAGCAAGCUUCACGCCGAGCUGUUCAAUUUGCACUGCAAGCACUGCUAGCUUUGUUUGAUACCCAAGAAGCUCCCAAAAGUCUUAGCCUAGAUUCUAGCAGCUCAAUGGAAAGUCUAGCUUCAGUAUCACAAACUGAGAAAACUUCGCCCGAUCCACCCAGACUCGGAGGAGCUUUUGCAAGUUAUGUACGUCGUCGUGGGGAACCAGAUGGGAAAACUACCGAAGCACCUAAUAUUCCAAUUGUUCAACCAUCUCGGAGCAACUGUGGAGGAGAGUCAGACGCUGCAUUCACACCGAGUCCUCCGGUUGCAUUGAAUUUGAAUCAUCAAACACGUAUCCGAAAUUUAUAUUCUGACCAAAAUCCCAGACCUGGUUCUAGUUCCAGCAGUUCAGCAACGGAUUGGGAAAGCGGACAUGCAACUGUCUUGCGCCGUCAACCACUUCCACCAUUACCUGCUACUGUUCUUGAAAGGUUAAGUGUGAGAACAGAAGUUGGGCCUAGCUCGCCUAGAAAACCUCGCCACCCCACUUCUACUGAAGACAUCAAUCCGCAGACUGAAGGUUCUCAACCAUCAGAAGUUCAUCCUCAUAAUUUAAGAAACCUAGCAACAUCAUUGACCAGUUUAACUCGAGAAUUGACUCCAACGAUUUCUGAAGUAUACCAUGAACGAAACUUGGGCCUUGGUCUAGCACCAUCUCUGUCUAAACUCCUUGAGGAGGUUGGUUCUGUCCAAGAUAAUGAUCAGAGUCAGAUUUCUAGGCCAACCCAUAGCCAGACUCAAAAUUGGUUGCAAAAUGAACCGGAAUUAUGCCGAAGAGAUGAAGCAGAUGGUAGAUCGAUUGCCGAAUCUCAGUGCAGUGCGACAAGCUCCAAUAAAAUACAUAGGAAGGCUCCCCCACCCCCAGUAUAAAUUAUUUAUGUUGUGUCCGUUGCAGAUUAAAAUAUUUGUGCGGAGAUUAGUGUUAAAUAUUGGAAAACAGGAUGAAAUUAAAUGCAUGUGGUUACAUAUUUAACAAAUAUAGUAUAGUUUAAAUAGGAAUGGUAUCAAGUAUCGCGUUAGUGUAAGAAAUUUGGAAUAUUUAACUCUAGUAUUAUGCAUCUGGAAAUUGUACGGGGCAACAGUAUUGAAUGACUGAUAGUUUAGUAUUGUACAAAUGAAUGUAACAUGUUACUGCUGUGUUGAAAAUAUGAAACAGCUCUCGAAGAAGACAUUCAGUCAGUAUUCAACACUUUUUUCCAUAUGCUUGAACGAAAAAGAAAAAUGUAACAUAUUAUCCAUAAGACUUCUGUGUGUAAGAUAUUAUGUAUCAUGAAAUAUAAUAAUACAUUCCAUCAUCGCAUGCCUGCAGUAACAAUCUGACGUGUUCAUAACGUUCAAUUGUUCUACUGACACUUAAUCCACAAGUUUAUCGAAAUAUCUUAGCAGUUUAUCAUAUUUAUGGAAGAAAUCGAAUCUUUUUUUAAAA